AUGUCAGUGCAUUUCCCGACUCCAUCGCUCUCCCGCCCUUUUCUCUCCCUCCCUCUCUCUCUCUCUCUCUCUCUCUCUCUCUCGCCCUCCGCCAACCCCUCCUCCUCCUCCGAUCCGUCAAGCGCAAUCUCGUCUAUCGCGGCCUCUCUCAGCUCGCAAACCCCAAGAGCUAGGGUUUUGGACGCCGCCCUCUCGCUCAUGUGCUUCAACUCUUAUCAGGUUGAUGACAGUCGAAUCGAGUGCCUCGUGAGCACAAUCGUUUCAGCUCUGUCUUCAAUGGCACACUGCAGUGUCUCUUCUCCUGGUGGAGGGGAUUCAAUGUUUAUUAGAGUUGGGAGCUUGGUUUCGUUUCAAGAUUGUGGGGAUUUGAUUCAGAUUGGUGCUGAGGUGCUAGAGAAUUUGGAGAGGCACUACGGUGCAGCUCCUAAAAUUAUAGCUCUUUCGCAUACUCUAUUACAUGCUAUUCUGAAAGCUGCAGUAUCAUCAUCAGCAUGUCAAAUGUUUCUCCCAUCAACAUCACUUGAUAUUGAAGAAACUGAAAGAAUAAAUGUUGAAAGGAGAUCUGCAAUUACAAAGCUUAUCUGCUUCUUGCAUGAUGAAGCUUCUAUUAGCGGCAAUCAAGUUCCAUCAAGGUUAUUUAUGUGGAAUCUUGAUCCUUUAAUCUUAAAGCAUGACAUUUCAGAAAUAUUAAGGGAAACAACAGAGAGGCCUUUCCUUUGCCUGAAAGAAGAAUUGCAAGCUCGAUUGUCUUGGCGUGCCAUUAUUAUGUGCUUUGUAGCUUCUCCGACCAUCUUUUUGGAGACAAGGGCACUUUUGCAUAGCUGGUUUCUUUUAACGGGUAUGUCUUCUGUAUUAAACCUUCAAAUUGCAAUUAUUUCUUCGGUACUAGAUGUGCUUUCCAGGCCAAUGUGGUGGGAUAUGUCCAUGGAAAUGGGACUGAAAUUUCCAUUUUCCCGUUCCUACUUUCCUGUGAAACACCGUGAAUUGUUGGCUAUACUAACUGCACCCAUCACAUGCGAAAGUUUUCUUGAUCUAGUUCGCCAUAUUAGAGAAGCUGCUGCUCGUGCAUCAAAAUACUCCAAUCAGGAUGAAGUGCAUGCCUCCUGUGGCAGUUUUGGGCAUGGAGGACUGGAAAUUCUGGUAGAUGCUAGUUCAACAUGGUCCUUGUUGAUGGCUUUUCCUGCAUGGUUCUACUUUGCUGCUAUUUUAAUCUUUCAUGGAAAAGAUACUCAACAGUCUUGUUUGUCAAAUGCUAUAUUCGGUGCAACUGAAGCUGGCACAAAAAAUCUUAACGACCUGCAUAUGGCUGCGGCAGUUUACCUAUCUUGGAUUUUAAACCCAUUUGAUGAAAACUACUUUAAUCUUCUUGCUGAUUGUAUAAAGAAAAUAUCAAGUUCAUGGAGCAUGAAAAAUGGAGCAAACGUUAACAAGGAGCAGGCACGUGUCACCCGCGAGGAGAAGAUACCUGCUUAUAGUAGGAAGCUCAGAAUAUCCAAGGUUAAUAGCUGUGAGAAACUCAUUUUUGGAGCAGAAAAUGAUAGUGCAUCAACAGUUGGAGUAUGGCUUAGAGAAUUUGAUAGUUCAUGUGUUAAGGCAUGCAAAAGAGCUGUCAUCAGUCAGAUAGCAACUGAAGAUAAAGGCAAGCAUAACGUUAACAUGCAGCCCAGCCUGUUGAUCUUAAGAAUUCCUCUGGGCAUAUUGAUUGGAUCCGGUUUUGUGGACGAAAAGGGAUGUGAGCUGCUGCUUCACUAUUCCACAACUGGGAAAAUCCUACAAGCAAGAGAGAUGCCCAAAAAUGCUCCUGGUUCUCUUUCCCAUGAUCUCCCUUCACAGUUUGCUGGUAGUGAAACUAACUGGCCCAUUGAUGGAGCUUGUCUUGUAUUUACUUUGUUUGAUAUUCUUGAGGAUAUGUCAGUAAUGUUCUUUGACUGUGAAGAUGUUAGGGGUAGUUUUAUUUGCCAGAUGAAAAGCAAAGUUAGUGGUUACUUGCUGAGAUGUGUCAAGACAUUACUUGAGUUCUUCACAGAACAGUUCCAAGUUGAUGUAGUAAGAGAAAGAGCCAUGGUGGAUCUGUAUUGGAGAUUGACACAGUGGAUGCAGAAAGGACAGAAAGUUUUUGAAGGGUACAGAGCAUUUGUUGAGGUUGCUGAUGAGAUUGCUAGGAGGUUCUCAAUUGUGAAGGAGACUUAAGAUUGGUAUUCUUGACAUGCUGGAAAUCAUGUGACUGUUUCUGGCAAGAGGCUUUUGUGAUGAGAAUUAUUCAAGUCUAAGUAAAAAUGAGCAUGGCAUAUGGUAUGUACCUGGACAUAGAGCCACACUAAAGUCUUAAGACAAGCGCAGAUUGUUAUAAUUCAACUAGUAGAGUUUAUCAACCUGUGAUUUUUUGUUUACCUAAUGAGAGCAAAUAUGAUCAUGUAUCAUGUCAUAUUGAUGUUUCUCGGUCAUAUGCUACACCAGUUCAUUCCUCCAAAAUUUUCAGUCAAUACUUGCAUAAACCAACUGGGAGCAGAUACAUCUGAGAUUAUUUGCUGCAAGGAUCACUUCAAAUUUCUGGGAGAUCCUAGGCGUCGUAUAUAUUUUUGUGUUUCCUCGCCACUAUUGACCUAGAGAAAAUUAUUUUUGC